GAGUUGGUGCGGAGUUGCUCUGGGUUCGCGUGGUGGCGCUGGGAUGGAUUCCUCCUCGUCUUCCUCUGCGGCCGGUUUGGGUAGCUUGGACCCCCAGUUGCAGCAUUUCAUCGAAGUGGAGACGCAGAAGCAGCGCUUUCAACAGCUGGUGCAUCAGAUGACUGAACUUUGUUGGGAGAAGUGCAUGGACAAACCUGGGCCAAAGUUGGACAAUCGGGCUGAGGCCUGUUUUGUGAACUGUGUUGAGCGGUUCAUCGAUACAAGCCAAUUCAUCUUGAAUCGACUGGAACAGACCCAGAAAUCCAAGCCAGCCUUCUCAGAAAGCCUUUCUGACUGAUCUCAGCAUUACCUCUGUGGAAAACAAAUGAAGUUCAAGAAACGAGCUGUUGAUGGGAUUGUUGAAGCCAAGGUUAUGGGGGAUUAGUGACUUCCACCUUUCCUUACUUUGGGGACAUUUAGUCAUCUGAGAAUGAACAAAGACCGCGUGUGUGUGUGUGUGUGUGUGUGUGUGUGUGUGUGUGUGUGUUUUGAUGCCUUACAUGUAUCAGUCGUGGGUGGUUUUUUAUUUUGUUUUUUAACUAAAUGAGUAUAAAACUCUUACUAGAAUGUAUAUAACUGCAUGUAGGUCUGUGCUUUUCUCCAAAGUCCCGUUAACUGUUUCCUAUAAUUUGAGAGUGGAACUGCUUUCUGUAAUGUGAUUGUGGGACCACAUGGGUUUUUAAAAAAAUCUGCCAUUUGUUGUAUGGGUUCAUUUUUAGAUUUCUGGGGAGACAGAUUCAUCUGUAUCAAAAAGGACAGGCAUGGGGGGGGGGUUGGUACUCUUUUAACUGUAUGCCUCCUUCUCUAGUGUUUGUCAGUACUGGAUAAAACAUUUGUGGAACAUAUAGUGUGUACUUCAGUUUUCUUGAUGAUCGCCUAUGAAACACCUGUAUGGUCUCUGGAGGCCAUACAGGUAGCUUGAGAGUCAAGAGGCCUUUAAUUGUGAAGGAACGGAGCCAAUGAAUAUAAUUCUCAUUUCUAGACAAGGCAGAGUUUUACUCCCUGUAUUUUAGGGUACAAAACUUUUCAAAGGUGUGCCCAAAGUAGUUCUAAACAUGUAGGCCAGUCAGAAACUAACAGCAGUUUCAGAGAGAGCUGCAUGGCUAAUGUUAAUCAGCAUAGAUUCCAUUUGCUGCAUUCUUUUGAUCACUCAAAUAAAAGCUAAAUGAUUCA